AUGGCGCUGGCCCCCAGGCCCCGGGCAGCCGCGCUCCGGACCCUGUCCACCCUGCUGCUGCUGCUGCUGCUGGUGCCGACCCCGCCGCCUCUGGGGCUUUUCCCCGGCAGCGCUGUGGGGCUGGAUUAUACCUGGGACACAGCCUUCGAUUACUCGGCGCUGGAAGAAGGGGAUGCUGCCCAGGAGCCGCUAGAUUAUCACGACCCCUGCAAAGCUGCUGUCUUUUGGGGAGAUAUUGCCCUAGAUGAAGAAGACCUGAAGCUAUUUCAUGUUGAUAAAACCAUCAAUUCAUCUAAACCUUUGAUAGAGAGAACUGGACACAGCACAGGUGGCCUUGGAGAACAGUUUCAUGAAAUCGGGCCGAAUGCCACAGCCUCCAGUCAUAGUACCAAGAAAGUUAAAAAGGGUGGCAGGCAGAAUUCCACGCUUCCGCAGAGACUGAAGAAAAAGGGCCCAAACGCGGCUCCCAGCGGACCUGUGGAGUCUGCGCCCCGAGUCCGAAGGGCCACAACAUCAAGGGCUGAGAGGAUCUGGCCCGGAGGGGUGAUCCCCUUUGUCAUUGGAGGAAAUUUCACAGGGAGCCAGCGGGCCAUUUUUAAGCAAGCCAUGAGACACUGGGAGAAACACACCUGUGUGACCUUUAUAGAGAGAACAGAUGAGGAAAGUUUCAUUGUGUUCAGUUACAGAACAUGUGGAUGUUGUUCCUAUGUUGGGCGCCGAGGUGGAGGCCCUCAGGCCAUAUCAAUUGGGAAGAACUGUGAUAAGUUUGGUAUUGUGGCUCAUGAGCUUGGCCACGUGGUUGGGUUCUGGCACGAACACACUCGGCCUGACCGAGACCAGCAUGUAACUAUCAUCAGAGAAAAUAUCCAGCAAGGUCAGGAGUACAACUUCCUAAAAAUGGAAGCUGGGGAGGUGAAUUCGCUGGGAGAGACGUACGACUUUGACAGUAUCAUGCACUAUGCCCGGAACACGUUCUCAAGAGGAGUUUUCUUAGACACGAUUCUCCCCCGCCGAGAUGACAAUGGUGUUCGACCGACCAUCGGCCAGCGAGUUCGGCUCAGCCAGGGAGACAUAGCCCAAGCCAGGAAGCUGUACAAGUGCCCAGCCUGUGGAGAGACGCUGCAGGACACAACAGGAAACUUUUCUGCCCCUGGUUUCCCAAAUGGUUAUCCUUCCUAUUCCCACUGUGUCUGGAGGAUAUCUGUCACUCCUGGGGAAAAGAUUAUUCUGAAUUUCACAUCUAUGGACCUGUUUAAAAGCCGCCUGUGCUGGUAUGAUUAUGUAGAGGUCCGAGAUGGUUACUGGAGAAAGGCCCCCCUCUUGGGUAGAUUUUGUGGUGACAAAGUGCCAGAACCCCUCAUCUCCACAGACAGUCGCCUUUGGGUUGAGUUCCGAAGCAGCAGCAACAUCCUGGGCAAGGGUUUCUUUGCUGUUUAUGAAGCUAUAUGUGGGGGAGAAAUUCACAAAGAUGCUGGCCAAAUCCAGUCUCCCAAUUAUCCAGAUGACUACAGGCCUUCUAAGGAAUGUGUUUGGAAGAUCACUGUUUCUGAGGGGUUUCAUGUGGGACUGACUUUCCAGGCAUUUGAGAUUGAACGACAUGACAGCUGCGCCUAUGACUACUUGGAAAUUCGGGACGGUGCCGCUGAAGAGAGUGCAUUGAUCGGUCACUUCUGUGGCUAUGAGAAACCAGAUGAUAUCAAAUCCAGCUCCAACAAGAUGUGGAUGAAGUUUGUAUCAGAUGGCUCUAUCAAUAAAGCUGGGUUUGCUGCCAAUUUUUUUAAGGAAGUUGAUGAAUGUUCCUGGCCAGACAGGAAUGGGUGUGAGCAGCGCUGCGUGAACACACUGGGCAGCUACAAGUGUGCUUGUGAUCCUGGUUAUGAACUGACGGCUGAUAAGAAGACUUGUGAAGUGGCCUGUGGCGGCUUCAUGACCAAGCUUAAUGGGACCAUUACCAGCCCUGGAUGGCCCAAAGAAUACCCCACAAACAAAAACUGCGUGUGGCAAGUGGUGGCUCCGAGCCAGUACAGGAUCUCCCUCCAGUUUGAAGUUUUUGAGCUGGAAGGCAAUGAUGUUUGUAAAUAUGAUUAUGUGGAGAUCCGAAGUGGGUUAUCCUCUGACUCCAAGCUUCAUGGAAAGUUUUGUGGCUCCGAGAAACCAGAGGUGAUUACCUCCCAAAGCAACAACAUGAGAGUGGAGUUCAAAUCAGACAACACUGUUUCUAAACGUGGCUUCGAAGCCCACUUCUUCUCAGACAAGGAUGAAUGCUCUAAGGACAAUGGUGGGUGUCAACAUGAAUGCAUCAACACAUUUGGAAGCUAUGUUUGCCAGUGUAAAAAUGGAUUUGUGCUACAUGAGAAUGGCCAUGACUGCAAAGAAGCUGGCUGUGAGCACAGGAUCAACAGUGCCGAAGGAACAAUGUCAAGUCCAAACUGGCCUGAUAAAUAUCCCAGCCGAAAAGAGUGUACCUGGAAUAUUUCCUCCACUCCUGGUCAUCGGGUAAAAAUUACUUUCAAUGAAUUUGAGAUUGAGCAGCACCAGGAAUGUGCUUAUGAUCACCUGGAGCUGUAUGAUGGACCCAACAGCAAGUCCCCGAUCCUCGGCCGUUUCUGUGGCAGCAAGAAACCGGAGCCUGUGGUGGCUUCUACAAACAGGAUGUUUCUCAGAUUCUAUUCUGAUGCUUCAGUGCAGAGGAAAGGUUUCCAAGCAAGUCAUAGCACAGAGUGUGGUGGCCAGCUGAAGGCAGAAGUCCAGACCAAGGAUCUCUAUUCCCAUGCCCAGUUUGGUGACAACAAUUAUUCUGGGCAGUCUCAUUGUGACUGGGUGAUUGCAGCAGAGGAUGGCUAUGGUGUGGAAAUAAUAUUCCAGACAUUUGAAGUCGAAGAGGAAGCAGACUGUGGGUAUGACUACAUGGAGGCCUUUGAUGGCUACGACAGUACAGCACCCCGACUGGGCAGGUUCUGCGGCUCUGGGCCUUUAGAAGAAAUCUACUCUGCAGGGGAUUCACUGAUGAUCCGCUUUCACACAGACGACACCAUCAACAAGAAAGGCUUUCAUGCCCGGUAUACAAGCACCAAAUUUCAAGAUGCUCUCCACAUGAGGAAAUAGUUUCAGUGCUCCUUAAACACAUCACCGUCUUCGAUACCAACACCCAACUGAGUUUUAUUUUCCCCACGAGCAGUACCCUGUUAAUCUGACCCAAAACACUGCACAGUAUUUUCCUCCAACCAAAACUCAAAAUCCAGCCUUUCUUUGAAUGGAAUGAACAUGACACUCUCUUUUGCUGACAUUUCAAGGACAAAAUAUGUUCCUU